AUGCUGGGACUAAGGGUCACCACCCCAGACAGUACUGUCUUACAUACACUGAUCGUGGUGAUCUCACACGGUGAUGAUGAGAAGUCUCGGCGCUCCAGAUGCUUCGCCGACGUGGUCGACGGAUUCGCCGACGGGAGAAGUCGACUAGCCGUGUCUGAAUUUGGGGGUCCACGAGAACCGCCGCCCUCAAAGCUCAUCGUCGUCGGCCAGCGGGUGGGUGAGAUUGGAAACCUGCAGAAGGUGGAACCAUCGUCGAAGGGCUGGGGAGCAGCGCUUCCAUUUCGGGAUCCCACAGAGUAA